AUGCAGCUGGCGCCGGAGGCGGGCCCCGAUCUGCUGAGCUUUGUUUGGGCCGGGAUCAAUGGCGCGGCCUUCCUCGCCAUGCUGGCCUCAGGUCCCAUGCUCCACGACUGGGGCCCGCGCCUGGCAUUACUGGCCGCCGCUGUUCCGGCGGGCAUGGUGCUGGUGCCGGUGCUGCUUGGGUGCCUGGAAGAGCGCAAGGUCUCGCAAGAGGAGCUGCACGCCAUUCGUCAGCGCUACUUUGAGCAGCGCGAGACCUGCUUCCUCUGCAUGUUGAUGUUGGCUGGAGCAUUGGCCAUCAUGAUGACCGGCUUGCUGCAGCACGACCCCGUGGUCAACUUUGCGGUGUCUUUGUUUACUGCCCUGUUCAUUCUGCUUUGCUUCUCUGUUUGCCUGACGCCUACAAUUGCAAGGGCCAAUGCCUUUGCGGUGCUUUACACUGGCCUAUCUGCCUCAAUCUCUGGGGCGUCUUUCUAUUUCUACACGGACUCGCCGGACAUUUACCCGGCAGGCCCCCACUUUUCGGAUUUCUUUUACAACACGGUGCUGGGUGCAGUAGGCACAGUGGUGUCGUUGCUGGGGAUCUACCUGUACCAGCAAUAUCUGAGCGACCUGACCUAUCGCCAGCUCAUUGUGGUGACGUCGCUGGCGAUGUUUGCUUUUAGCCUUCUGGACGUGAUGAUGUUCGCGCGGCUGAACGUGAGGAUGGGCAUCCCAGACCACUGGCUGGUGCUCGGACUCUCGGUGUGCGAGCAGAUUAUCUGGCAGUGGCAAUGGAUGCCGCAGGUGGUGCUGCUGGCGGCGCUGUGCCCUGCGGGGAUGGAGGCCACGAUGCUGGCGCUGCUCGCAGGGUGCCACAACCUCGGCAACACGCUGGGCUCGAACUUUGGGGCGGUGCUGCUGCACUUGCUGGAGGUGAGGCCCAGAGGCCGCGUGGGUGAUGCGGCGGAGUUGGAGAACCUCUGGAUCGCGGCAGGCGUCAGCUCGGUGCUGCCGCUCUUCACCGCGAUCUUCCUAAGGAACAACUUCGCCAAAGCUGCGAAGUGGAGCCCUGAUGGCAGCGUUGCCAUCGCUGUUCAUGAUGACGAGAUCCUGCGCAUGUACCAGGUGCCGCAGGCCGAGGACUUGGAAGGAACCAAAACCCUGUUUCCCUACGCAGAGACCGCGGAGGGAGGACCAGUUUUGGACUUCUGCUUCUUUCCGAGCUUCACCUGGGAGUAUCCUGGCACUUGCUGCUUCAUCACCAGCAGCCAGGACCAUCCAAUUCAUCUUCGGGAUGCUGUCACCGGAGAGCUGAGGAACACGUAUCGGCCCUUCAACAAUGUAGACGAGGUGUGUCACGCUAGCAGCCUGUGCUUCUCACCGGAUGGGAGCAAGAUCAUCGCCGGCUUCUCGCUGUAUUUGCGUGUUUUCCACCUGCAGCGGCCGGGAAGGCAGAUGGAGGACUGGCUGCUCGGCACCAAGAAGGGCACAGGACAGAAGGGCAUCAUCGGAGCGGUGGCCGCCUCUCUGUGGCAGCCUGGACUGUACGCUGCCGGAUCCUACAACAAGAGCAUUUGCCUCUACCAGGAAUCAUCCAGAGGCAAGGCCGUGGCGCGCCUUGCAGACAGCAAGAUGGGGGGCGUCACGCAGCUUGCGUUUGGCAGCGAGUGGCUGCUGCUGAGCGGCCAUCGCAAGGACAGCUGGCUGAGAGCUUGGGACUUGCGCAUGCUGGGCGAGCAAGGCAACGAGGCUCUUCUGCAGGAGCUGCCACGCAGCGUGAACACGCACCAGCGCUUUCACUUCGGAGUUCAGGACGAUCUGCUAUCCACAGGCGACGACUCUGGCAACAUUCUGCUCUACUCGCUCAGCUCCAUGCAAGAGGUGGGCCGCUUUCAGGGCCACUCCCGGCCCUGCACCUCCGCCGAGCUUAGACCUACGGAGGCAAAGGAGCGUGUGCUGCUCAGCUCAUCGGGAUCCCGGCAUUUUCCGGAUUACGAUGUGGACAGCCCAGAGCCGGAGCGCCGCAAAGUCGCGCGGUUGGACAACUCCCUCAGGGUGUGGCAGCUGGGCUUUGGCGACGAAAGCUGAAGG